AUGCACCAGGAGUUGGUGCUGCCGUAUUACACGGCGGAUUGCGACCAGGCGCGGGGGCUGAUGAACACGGCCAUGGGGCCACUGCAGCGCCAGCUCCGGGCCGGCGAGUACGAGAUCUUCCAGUACGCCCCUAUAUUCGAGAGCGACUUCAUACAGAUCAGCAAGCGUGGGGAGGUGGUGGACGUGCACAAUCGCGUCCGAGUGGUCACAGUGGGCGUGGCCUGCACCAGCCCCGCCCUCUUGGUGCCCAACGUGCUGCUGCUGGCCCGGCCCGUGGUCCACUCCGAGGCCAGCCGGGGCCGCAGGGGCCCCCCUGCCAAGGCACUAGAGCUCACCAG